CUAGGUCUUCCACGUUCGGCUUCAAGGAGGAGCUGGGGACCAGAGCGUCCCCCGGUCGGUGCGCUGAAGCCGAAACAGGUGGACCAUGGCCGAGUUCUCCCAGAAGCGGGGAAAGCAGCGUGGUGAGGAGGGCCUGGGCAGCGCUGUGGACUUCCUCUUGGCCAACGCCCGUCUGGUGCUGGGCGUGGGCGGGGCUGCUGUGCUGGGCAUUGCCACCCUGGCUGUGAAGCGGCUUAUUGACAGAGCCACUACCCCUCGUGAUGAGGAUGACACCAAGGAAGACAGCUGGAAGGAACUGAGUCUGCUCAAGGCCACACCACACCAACAGCCCCGGCCCCCACCUGCUGCCCUCAGUCACCCCAUAUUGCCCCUGGCCCUACCCUCUGGUCCAGAGGGACCUACAGAUUUGGAACCUCAGAUGCCACCUCAGCUCAUCUCCCCAGUGCCACUGUGUCUGACGUUCCAGGAGAAGCUGCUGGCAUUUGAGCGGGACCAUGUGGUUAUCCCAGCAGCUCAUGUAGCUUUGGCCAAACAGCUGGCCGGGGACAUUGCCUUGGAGCUGCAGGCCUACUUGAGGAACAAAUUCCCAGAACUGCCCUUUGGGGCACUCGUGCCUGGAGGACCACUCUAUGAGGGGCUGCAGGCUGGGACCAUGGAGCAUGUGCGUCUCCUGGCACCACUGGUGCUGGAACCAGGCCUGUGGAGCCUGGUGCCUGGAGUGGACACUGUGGCUCAAGAUCCUCGCUGCUGGGCCGUGCGCAGGACUCAGCUUGAGUUCCACCCACGUGGGAGCAGCCCCUGGGACCGCUUCCUAAUUGGGGGCUACCUCUCCCCUCGAGUCCUGCUGGAGCUGCUUCGAAAAACCCUGAGUGCCUCAGUCUACUGGCCGGCCAUUGGUGGCCUGCUUGGGUGCCUGAUCAAGCCCAGCAUGGCCACAGAGGAGCUGCUGCUGGAGGUGCAGCAUGAGUGCCUGGAGCUUACCAUGAUCAUGCUUGUGACAGUCGCUGGGGCCAACAAGGAUGACCGUCUCCUGUUGGCCUGGCCCCUGGAGGGGAUAGCGGGGAACCUCUGGCUUCAAGACUUAUAUCCAGUGGAGGCUGCCAGACUGCAGGCCCUUGAUGACCAUGAUGCUGGCACUCGCCGGAGGUUGCUGCUGCUGCUGUUUGGCGUCUGCCAUCGCCACCCAGCCCUCAGACGCCUGGGCCGCGGCCAUCUGACCCAGGUGGUGCUGCAUCUGGGGGAGGAGGAAAUGGACUGGACUGAAGAGGCCUUGGGAGAGCGCUUUCUGCAGGCUCUGGAGUUGCUCAUUGGCAGUUUGGAGCAGGCCAGCCUGCCCUGCCACUUUGACCCUAGCGUGAACCUCUUGGGUAGCUUUCGGGAGGAAGAGAUUGAUGACAUGGGCUAUGCACUAUACAGUGGUCUCCAGGCACCUGAAAGGCUGCUCUAGAUGAGCAGGAACCGGGGAGCCAGCAUGUUUUCUGAUGCUGGUGAGCUGUACCUGCAGCCCUGACCCCCGGGAGUCACAGAGUGGGCUUUUGCGUGCUUACAGCCAAAACAAAGGAGGGUAGCUUGCCUCAGUCCAUGGGGGAGGGGCACUUGUGUAAGCUAUAGUCUCCUGGGUCCCUGAUCUUGGAGAGAGCUUGGGUUGCUGUCACCUGAGUGGCUGGGCUGCCCUGUGCGGCUUAAAGCACCAGCUACUCCUGCAGGUGCCCCUUCAGCCCUUUGGGACUGAUGCAGGACCUAGGCUCAGGUCAUCAUCACCAGCAAUGAAUCCACUGAGAGCAUGGUUUGUGCCAUCCUGGGCCAGGUAAAGGCUGCUCCAUUUCUCUGCCAACAGGGAAAUUUACUGCUUGCUUUGGGUACCAGCUCCAGGCGUUCUGGAGGCACAGAGUGCCUGAUCUUUUAAUUGUCAUGCCUUUGUUCAUCCUGGGGGCUGAGUCACCGGAGACUCCGAAGGACAGCUCUUUGCUCUUGAAGGAUGUUUUCCUGAAGUCUUCUGUGUGUUUGAGUCCUGCAGCUCUGGAGCUCUGGAGCUCUGGAGCAGAAGCAAAGUUUGACCUGCUACCCACCUUAUACCUCAGGGAAGGCCCCUUUCCCCCCAGCUGAGAGUUUUCUCUUCAGGCUGUAGAGACCCCUGGGAGAGCCCUUUCCUCAAGGUCUGUUGCUGCUUUGGGCCCCCUGAAGAGUAGAAGAUGUGCCCUACACCUUCCUGGAGGCUUGGGGUGUGGGGAUGGCCUCAUACCUUCACAGAGUGCCAAAGUGAACUGUUCAUUUGGUGUCCUCAUUCCUGUUCUGUAGCUGUGUGAAGUAGUGGGGCUGGAGGGGGGCACUCUCCCUCCUCUUCCCAGGGGUACCGCCUAUCCCAGUAUCACUCCUGCUGAAACAAAGCUAUGCCUUGAAUGUGAACAAGAAUAAAUUCGAAACUUCUCCCACGUGUGACUUGCUGGGAAGGGGCAUCUUGGCACUCACAGGCUGCUGAU